AUGGAAUCUUCCCGUGCUGAUCAUCAUCUCCAUCGAUUCCUGCCGUGCCUAAUACUUCCUCAGAAUGAGAAAUACGCCCAUUUAAAGAAACUUGGCCAUAAGAAGCUCAAAUUGGUGAAGGCCGAUUUGGUGGAUUACCAAUCAAUUUGCUCUGCUAUCAAUGGCUGCCAUGGUGUAUUUCAUGUAGCCUCCCCUGUUCCCUCAACCUCCGUUCCCAAUCCUCAGGUAGAUUUGAUUGAGCCAGCUGUUAAUGGUACUCUUAAUGUACUAAAAGCCUGCAGUGAAGCAAAAGUUAAGCGUGUCGUGGUAGUUUCUUCUGUUGCCGCGGUUUCAAUGAACCCUAGUUGGCCAGAAGGUCAAGUCAUGGAUGAAAAUUGUUGGUCAGAUGCGGAGUAUUGCAAGACCACAAAUAAUUGGUAUUGUUACUCCAAGACAGUGGCUGAAACUGAGGCUUUGGAAUAUGCCAAAGCCUCCGGGAUCAACAUUAUCACGCUGCUACCAACACUUGUCUUGGGGCCUAUGCUUCAGCAAGCUACUAAUGCUAGCAGCCUCAUUCUUAUAAAGCUGAUGAAAGGUCAAUAUCACUAA